GGAAGGGGGUGUCUCGCGCGCGCGCGCGCUCCGGAAGGCCGAAGACGGUGAAGCCGUUGCCGAGGAGAAGCGGAGCCGCCGGUGCCGGUCCCCGGGGGCGCCAUGGCGACCGGAGCGAACGCCACGCCGCUGGGUAAGAUGCACCCGCCGGCCGCGGCCCCUCCGGGGCUUCCCCCCCCCGGGCCCAAGCGGGGCUUCGAGCCGCCGCUGCCGCCGCCGCCUCCGCCGCCGCCAGGGCCCGGGCUUUUGGUCCCCGGGCCUCCGCCACCCCCGCUGAUGGGACCCCUGUCUGCGGCCUUCCCGUUCGCGGCCCUGCCGCCGCCGCCGCCUCCGCCGCCUCCUCCUCCGCCGCCGCCGCCGCCCCCUCCGCAGCAGCCGCCCCCGGGGUCCUCGUAUCCUCAGCAACAGCAGCAGCAGCAGCAGCCGCCGCCGCCGCCCCCUCCGCCGCCGCCUCCUCCUCCUCCGCCGCCGCCUCCUCCUCCUCCUCCGCCGCCGCCUCAGCCGCCGCCGCUGUUCCAGCACCUGUCGCCGCCUCAGCCUCAACCGCCGCCGCCCCAGCCGCAGCCGCUCCAGGAUCAGCAGCCGGGCCCGGCCGGCGGGGGAGGAGACUUCCCGAGUAAGAAGCGGAAGAGGAGCCGCUGGAAUCAGGACACCAUGGAACAGAAGACGGUGAUUCCAGGCAUGCCUACCGUGAUACCCCCAGGACUUACCCGGGAGCAGGAGAGAGCCUACAUAGUGCAACUGCAGAUAGAAGACCUGACUCGCAAACUACGCACAGGAGACCUGGGCAUCCCCCCUAACCCUGAGGACAGGUCCCCUUCCCCCGAGCCCAUUUACAAUAGCGAGGGGAAGCGGCUGAACACCCGCGAGUUCCGGACCCGCAAGAAGCUGGAGGAGGAACGGCACAAUCUCAUCACGGAGAUGGUUGCGCUCAAUCCUGAUUUCAAGCCGCCUGCCGACUACAAACCUCCGGCCACCCGGGUGAGCGAUAAGGUGAUGAUCCCCCAGGACGAGUACCCCGAGAUCAACUUCGUGGGACUGCUGAUUGGGCCCAGAGGCAACACCCUGAAGAACAUCGAGAAGGAAUGCAACGCCAAGAUCAUGAUCCGAGGCAAAGGCUCGGUCAAGGAAGGCAAGGUUGGCCGGAAAGAUGGGCAGAUGCUGCCGGGGGAGGACGAGCCCCUUCAUGCCCUGGUGACCGCCAACACCAUGGAAAACGUUAAGAAGGCGGUGGAGCAGAUCCGGAAUAUCCUGAAGCAAGGCAUCGAGACCCCCGAGGAUCAGAACGACCUGCGGAAGAUGCAGCUGCGGGAGUUGGCCCGUUUGAACGGAACCCUGCGGGAGGAUGACAACAGGAUCUUGAGACCCUGGCAAAGCUCGGAGACACGCAGCAUCACCAACACCACCGUUUGUACCAAGUGUGGAGGGGCCGGCCACAUCGCCUCGGACUGCAAAUUCCAGCGGCCGGGAGACCCCCAGUCUGCCCAGGACAAAGCGCGGAUGGAUAAGGAAUACCUGUCCCUCAUGGCCGAGCUGGGCGAAGCUCCCGUCCCGGCUUCCGUGGGCUCGACCUCUGGCCCCACCAGCACGCCUCUGGCCAGCGCCCCGCGGCCCGCGGCCCCCGCCAACAACCCGCCACCACCGUCUCUCAUGUCCACCACCCAGAGCCGCCCGCCGUGGAUGAACUCGGGCCCCUCGGAGAGCCGCCCCUACCACGGCAUGCACGGAGGAGGUGGACCCCACAGCUUCCCCCACCCGCUGCCCAGCCUGACCGGAGGGCACGGCGGACACCCUAUGCAGCACAACCCCAACGGGCCGCCACCCCCCUGGAUGCAGCCGCCGCUCCCACCCAUGAACCAGGGCCCCCACCCACCUGGGCACCAUGGCCCUCCUCCAAUGGAUCAGUACCUGGGAAGUACGCCUGUGGGCUCUGGGGUCUAUCGCCUGCAUCAAGGAAAAGGUAUGAUGCCGCCGCCGCCGCCGCCUAUGGGCAUGAUGCCACCGCCGCCGCCUCCCAGUGGGCAGCCCCCGCCCCCUCCCUCUGGCCCUCUUCCCCCAUGGCAGCAGCAGCAGCAGCCUCCGCCUCCCCCGCCGCCCAGCAGCAGUAUGGCUUCCAGUACCCCCUUGCCAUGGCAGCAAAAUACGACGACUACCACCACGAGCGCUGGCACAGGGUCCAUCCCGCCAUGGCAACAGCAGCAGGCGGCUGCCGCAGCUUCUCCAGGAGCCCCUCAGAUGCAAGGCAACCCCACUAUGGUGCCCCUGCCCCCCGGGGUCCAGCCGCCUCUGCCGCCCGGGGCCCCCCCCCCUCCGCCGCCUCCGCCGCCUGGUUCCGCCGGCAUGAUGAUCCGUCCCCGCGGCGGUGGCCCGCGCCAUGCGAGUGAGGACUUUCCGCGCCCACUGGUGACCCUCCCGGGCAGACAGCCCCAGCAACGCCCUUGGUGGACUGGAUGGUUCGGCAAAGCGGCCUGACUUAUUUUUGUGGACGGAAUCGGAACACGCUGGCUCCAUAUCGUGAAAUUUUUAUUGAUUUUUUUCUCCCCCUUCCUCCUCCUCCUCCUCCUCCUCACUUCCUUUUCUCCUCCUCUUCUCAGACUCCGUCCAAGGAGACGCUGUCCCCGGCCUUCUGCUGCAAUUAGAUCCCCUUCCGCUCCCCUCUUCCUUCCCCUCCACCUUCACAUUCCCCCCGCUCUCUCCGGCGGGGAGAGGAGCAAACAGAUCGGGCAAGCCGUCCGGUCCAAGGGAUGUCGGGGCUGGGGGAGGGGGUGCGUGUCCGCUCGGCGCCGGCUGCCUUGGGGAUCCGUUUGCUCCUCGCCUUGCCGGUUCCUCUUUAAUUUUAUUUUCUUCCUCCCCAAAUGUCUGAAUGUUUUGUGGUGUGGGAAGGGGCUCCUGCUCCCCUUCUUCUCUCCCCCCUCUCCUUCAUGAAGUGAUUACGUUGACAAUAAUGUGUAAAAAUGCACUCUCCUCGCCGUUUUAUCUGCAAAAAUUCCUCUUGGCUUUUUUUUCGGGGGGGGGGGAGGGAGGGGCGUAUGAUUUAAGCACUGCAUUAAAAGGGGGAUGUUCCAUUGAAUAAAGCAGCAGUGUGGUUUUCUGGG